GUUAAAAAGCAUUCGGAUACUAGUAAUUGCUCAAUUCUCAAGUGGGUUUUACCUGCAAUUGCAGAAAAAAUGGAAAAUGAACCAGCAAUGUGUCAUCUUCACAGCCGCCGCCGCCGAUGCCGAAAGUUGGGGUGGCCGUGUUUUUGCUGAAGGGAAAUAAAGUGCUAUUGGGGCGGCGCCUCUCCUCCGUUGGCCGCAAUACCUUCGCUCUUCCUGGUGGCCACCUUGAGUUUGGAGAAAGUUUUGAGGAAUGUGCAGCUAGGGAGGUGAAGGAAGAAACAGGACUGGAAAUCGAAAAAACAGAGUACUUAACUGUCACAAACAAUGUAUUCUCACAAGAAGCUAAAGCAACACACAUUGUUUGUGUCUUCAUGCGUGCAGUUCCAGCCGACAUCAACCAGCAACCUCAAAAUCUUGAGCCUGAGAAAUGCGAUGGAUGGGAUUGGUAUGACUGGGAUGAUCUUCCAAAACCACUUUUUGGGCCAUUGGAGAUUAUGCUCCAACAUGGUUUUAGUCCUUUUCCCACCACUUAAAAUGGUGUCAUUUGCUUUCCUUAGUAGUGCCCAUUUUGCUCCGUGAGCCCUUCUGAUUUAGAAGAAGCCUGCACCAUUAAGAUUUCUAUGUUGCUUAUAAUUUCCACCCAUCUCAAAGUUGUAAGGUGUCGGUAAUGAAUUUUGCUUACUUUCUUGUUUUUCA